AUGUCACUGUUGGAUCUUCUCAACUUGGAUCUCUCUGAAUGCCACAAGACAAACAAAAGUAAAAUCAUUGCUGAAUACAUAUGGAUUGAUGGAUCUGGUAUGAACCUGAGAAGCAAAGGAAGGACCCUACAUGGUCCUGUUACUAAUCCUUCUCAAAUUCCAAAAUGGAACUAUGAUGGUUCGAGCACUGGCCAAGCUCCUGGUGAAGAUAGUGAAGUCAUCUUAUAUCCCCAGGCAAUUUAUAAGGACCCAUUCAGGAGAAGAAAUCAUAUUCUUGUCAUGUGUGAUGCUUAUACUCCAGCUGGAGAGCCCAUCCCAACAAACAAAAGGUUUAAUGCUGUAAAGAUAUUCAGCCACCCUGAAGUCCUGACUGAGGAACCUUGGUUUGGUAUAGAGCAGGAGUACACUUUGUUGCAGAAAAAUCUGAAUUGGCCACUUGGUUGGCCAAUUGGAGGAUAUCGUGGACCUCAGGGACCAUACUACUGUGGUGUUGGUGCAGAAAAAGCCUUUGGCCGGGAUAUUGUCGACUCACACUACAAAGCUUGUUUAUACGCUGGUGUCAACAUUGGUGGAAUCAAUGCUGAAGUUAUGGCAGGCCAGGAUAUUAUAGGGAAGCAUCAAAUGGAGAAGCUAGAACUGGAUGAGGGGAAACUCUCAUGUCCGGCUCAGAGGGCAGGGUAUCUCGAUUCUACUAGCAUUAAGCCUGCAAUGUUAUUUGGUUCAAUGAAACUAUAUGUUGGACCAACAGUAGGCAUUUCUCCUUGUGAUGACCUUUGGGUUGCACGUUACAUUCUAGUGAGGAUUGCAGAAGCAGCUGGUGUAAUUGUUUCUUUUGAUCCAAAACCUGUUGAGGGUGAUUGCAAUGGUACUGGUGCUCAUACAAAUUACAGUACCAAGUCUAUGAGGGCUGAUGGAGGGCUAGAAGUAAUAAACAAGGCCAUUGAGAAGCUAGGCAAGAGGCACAAGGAACAUAUUGCUGCUUAUGGGGUUGGCAACGAACGUCGUCUCACAGGAGAGCAUGAAACAGCUUACAUUAACACCUUCAAUUUUGGAAUUGCUGAUCGUGGAGCAUCGAUAAGGAUCGGAAGGGACACACAGAAAGCAGGAAAGGGAUACUUGGAGGAUAGAAGGCCUUCUUCAAACAUGGAUCCUUAUGUGGUAACUUCUAUGAUUGCAGAAACAACCAUCCUCUGGAAACCAUGA